GCCAGACAACCCGUGGUCCAGUCUGCCGACGCCGCUGUUGGCUCGCGCGCGCGGAGCUGUCUGCCACGAGGAAGCUACCCUUUUCUACAUGAGGCGCGCCGCGAGGCAUGCCCGGAGCCAGUGAGGCGCGUCGCCGCCCCCGCCGCCGCGAGCCGCGGGCCGCCGCCCCCGGCCCCUCCGCCCCCGGGGCGGGCAUGGGCCGCCGCUCCGUCGCCUCUGCUGCCGCCCCCGCGUCCGCGACAGCCGCCCCCGCCGCCCUCCUGGUGCUCGCCGCACUCUGCGCCGCCGCCGCCUCCGGCACAGCAGUCAGUGGCGAGGUGGUGUUGCAGCCCGACGAGCCCAUGCCGGAGUUCCUGGCGCCGCUGGAGAACCUCACGGCUACGCAGGGCCGUGACGUCACUUUCACGUGCGUCGUCAACCACCUGGGCAAGUACAAGGUGGCGUGGAUCAAGUCCGACUCCAAGGCGAUCCUCGCGAUUCACACGCACCUCGUGGCGCACAACCCGCGCCUCACCGUCACCCACAACGGCCACAACACGUGGAAGCUGCACAUCAACAACGUCCACCAGGAGGACUCGGGCAUCUACAUGUGCCAGGUCAACACGGAGCCCAUGCGUAGCCAGAUGGGCCACCUGGACGUGGUGGUGCCGCCCGACAUCCUGAGCAACGGCUCCACGGACAGCGCGACGGCGCCGGAGGGCGGCACCGUGCGGCUGCGCUGCGUCGCCACCGGCGUGCCGCCGUCGCGGGUCACCUGGCGGCGCGAGGACGCCAAGGAGAUCGUGCUGCGCCAGGAGGGCGGCCGCGACAAGCAGAGUGUGCUCUACUUCGAAGGCGAGACCCUGACGCUGACGGGCGUGCAGCGGAGCGACAUGGGGGUCUACCUGUGCAUCGCCUCCAACGGGAUCCCGCCGUCCGUCAGCAAGAGGUUCCCCGUCACGGUGCUCUUUGCGCCGCUGGUGAAGGUGUCCAACCAGCUGGUGGCGGCGCCCGUCGGCAGUGACGUCACCAUCAACUGCUACGUGGAGGCGUCGCCGGGGGCGCUGUGCACCUGGCACAAGGACACAGACGGGAAGCUGAUGGAGGGCAGCAAGUACGCGAUGAGUGAGACGCCGAUGGGGUAUUCCCUGGUGAUGAACCUCACCAUCCGCUCCCUGGAGGCGCGCGACUUCGGCAGCUACACCUGCAUGGCGAAGAACCCGCUGGGCAGCGCCGAUGGAACCAUACGGCUGCAAGAGCUGCACCUGCCGCCUAAGACAACGACAGCCGCCACGCACGCCCAUCCGCCGCCGACGCCGCGCAAGAAGUUGCAGGCGCACCACAAGGAGCAGCAGGGCUCGCACGUGAAGCGCAAGAAGGGCCGCAUGCAGAUGAGGCAGCCGCCUGACGGCGCCGGGGGCGGGGGCGGGGGCGGGGGCGGCGGGCAGCCGCUGCCGGACCCGCACCGCGAGCAGCCGUUCGACGCCGACCUGGAGGCGGAGCUGGGCCGCGACUCCAACGCACUGGCCGCCGCCGCCGCCGCCCCCGCCGCCACCACGCCCGCAGCCCAGCCCGGGGGCCGUGGAGCGCCGCACCACGCCGCCCCCACGCGGCCCACCCUGCUGUACCAGGCGGGCGGCGUCGCCGCCCCCAGUCGUCUUCCAGCGCUGCCCCUCCUGGGGGCCGCCAUCGCCACAGCGUGGUCAGUCGCCCUAGGCGCCUAGGCCCAUCACAGUGGCUCACCGGAAUAACGUGUCGUUCCGUUCUUUACCACAAUUCGAGACACUCCGAGUAACCUGGAGAUCUUGUCUGGGCUGACAUUUAUGUGGAAGUAGACAGCUCGACUAGUCUGUUUAUUCACUUGAAAUGAGACCACCGUACUAUCAAAAUAAGAAAUAAUUACGUCGUCUCCGAAAGGAAUGAGCACUUUGAAUACAAACAUCCGGUGACGUCGAACUGUUAUGACUCAGUACCACACAUUGUUCCAACCACUUGUCCGGCCUUUUCUCGUUUCAGAGUAGAAAGAUUCACACUGUCGUCGUUUGGAUCUCCUCAUGGAGAAGUUUCUGUUAUCACUACAAAAUCAAAAGAGUUUCAAAGUAAAGGGACUCCCCCCCCCCCCCCCGUGUUUCAUAAACAAUUAAAAAUGUAAAAAAAACAGGGGUACGGCAAACGAUGGUGUGUUGCUAUGUUACACUGUGUUUUCUUUUUUCUUACAGAGUGACGAAACUCUGUGAUAGCUAGUGAUGAGGAAGAUAGUAAUGUACUCCUGAAGUUAGCAUCAUCAAGAAAGUUAAUUUUCGUAAGAUCAUAAACAGAAGGAAACGUCUUCGUUGAGUUACUUUCCAAAAUAUUCAAGUGUGAUGAAAAAUUUAGUUGUACCGUACGAACAACGUUGCUAUCCUUGAGUCCAUGAUGUCUGUUGGGCGUUCCUGAGAUUGAGGCAGAGUGCGACAGCUGUUUAUACUUUUCUUGACAGUCAAAAUGUUGACCGAGUAGGUAUACCUUCACCCUGAGCAAAAAGAGAUUUAGGUAGUAGGAAGGGCAUUAUUAUUAAAUGGUCGGCGAAACAUCUGCCUCAGAUGCAUACCCUCUCCACCCCAGUAUGACACCUGCUUAUAAUAGGCAUACAUUGAGCAAUGAGCUGUACACGAGGUGAAACCGAACUCCACUGACUAAAUUUCGGAGGUCGGUCAGGGACAAUUUCUGAGUAUUUUGGUAUAUGAACCAGUUGUCUACAGUGGAUCGUUACAGAGUAAUAACGUAGGAAUGAUUUAUUCGGCUUAAACCUAUUUACCUUGGUAGCAAUGCAUAAAUUUUACAACAGCGAGAAAGCCUGUAAUAUUCAAUCACCAAACCGUGCAACAGAGAGUAGUGCAGAAUAAGAGUGAUAUGGUUGCCAUAUAUGCGGCAACAGCUCAGCAUAUCGCCGCUGUGAAGCUCUUCCGUUUCAUUCAGUGAACCCACACACCACGUGCAUAUCGGCCAGUUCAUUAGUAUUACCGAGCGAGGUGGCGCAGUGGUUAGCACACUGGAUUCGCAUUCGGGAGGACGACGGUUCAAUCCCGUCUCCAGCCAUCCUGAUUUAGGAUUUCCAUGAUUUCCCUAAAUCGUUUCAAGCAAAUGCCGGGAUGGUUCCUUUGAAAGGGCACGGCCGAUUUCCUUCCCAAUCCUUCCCUAACCCGAGCUUGCGCUCCGUCUCUAAUGACCUCGUUGUCGACGGGACGUUAAACACUAACCACCACCAUCAAUUCAUUAGUAAACCACUCCAUACUGCUGUGUAUGACUCUCAACGUACUACUUGACACUGUCGGACUAACAAACGCGAGACACAACAGAGAGUACCGAAUGCUAACUUAAUGGCGAAGAGUGAAAUCGCUACAUUCUGGAACCGCGGGACCUCUACGGUCGCAUGUUCUAAUCCUGCCUCGGGCAUGGAUGUGUGUGAUGUUCUUAGGUUAGUUAGGUUUAGGUAGUUCUAAGUUCUGGGGGACUGAUGAGCUCAGAAGUUAAGUCCUAUAGUGCUCAGAGCCAUCUGAACCCUUUUGAAGAGUGAAGUGGGCCCAACUCUACCGCAAGUACCUUGAGUGAAUGGAACAAAUUGUUCCGAAACAGGACACGUAGGGCAUACUGUUAACAUUAGCAACGUCGAGUAGGUAUUGUCAGUGCAAUGCAGAUUCAAACAUAAAUUGGAGUGAGAAAUUGGAUGAAAAUCAAGUACUCUGUAACGGGAUUCCAGGUAUUAUGGUGCCUCAGUACCAAAAUAAUCAGGAAAUGUCACUGAAGACCCUAUGAAAAUUUGGUGAUGUUCGAUUUCACCCUGUAUACAUGACUCUCCUGGAUCAGCACAAUACCCAUACUGUGUAUUUCCACGCCUCUAAUUCGAAUAGUCCAUUGCAAUCGCGAAGAUCGGAAUAUCUAUUGGAAAUUAUUGGUCAGUUGGAUUGUCGUAAUGAGCGACGGCUCUUCAUCCUUCCUCGUUAAUCUCCUUUCUGGUAUUACGUUUUCUCAUUUUUCUAUCCUUAUUUUGGUAUUUUCAACUUAAACUUUGGUAUACCAUUAUCACGUGGCUGCGGAAGCCUCCUUUCUCCAUCAAUAACCAGAGAUCUUUCUUUGUGCCAUGUGAAAUUCGUUUUCAUAGUCCAUAUAUGCUAGGUUUGUUUCCAUACUAAGUUCUCGUCUUCUUUCUACAGUUUGUUUCAGCGUGAGGAAGUCGCCGGCAAAAGAUUUUCGUUUACGGAGACCUCCUUGCUCUUCUAAUAUAAUCAGAGAUGUUUCGAAGCCUUUUGUUAACUAUUUUGCAGUAGGUUUCAUAAGAAGCAGCCAGAAGACUCAUUCUGCUUCAAUGAUUUGUGCUAUUUGUGUCUCAUUUGGUAAACAGUGAAAUAAUUCGUGCUCCUCUCCAUGCUUCUGGUAUUUCACGUGUAUUCCUGUUUUAAGUUCGUCAAAUCUGUUUGGUCUCUCCCUAACUCCUCUUUUUCUUUCCUCGGGUCUUCCCAUUGACAUUAUAUUAUAGUUUCUGAUAGCGAUAUAUCAUCUCUUCUGGAGGAAAGAUAUUUGUACUUACAGUAUCUUUGUCUCUUCGUUUUAGUUGUCUGAUCAGUUUAUAUGCUAUUUCCUAUCUACCGUGAAUGUCAUGUUCAACACUGCUUAUACGUGUAUCCCAUAAAGAUCUACCUGUUCGUCCUACUAUUUUCUUUUUGGGUUCACCCAUAGGGCGCUGCUGUACCGCCUCCACGAGACCGUCACUUCGGCAUGGACGUUUUCACGACCUUGUAACGAUUAGUCUUAGAGCAAUGCUGUGUCUUCCUAUCCCUGACGUGCAACACUGGACAGAUCUGACACUGAAUCCCGACCGCAGUUACGCUAGGCAGCUUUAGAAAUAUUACCCAUAGAUGUAUCACCGAUGUUUGGGGGAGGGGGAGGGAAGAGAAUCAUGGACUCCGUUUUUAGUAGCUGUGACUGCGGCAGUGUGACCGAUAUCGCCGUGUCAACUGUUGCGUACAGUAGCACCUCCACAUUUCUCAGACGCUUGUACGUUGGCCCCUAGCUCAAACAAUGUGCGGCUUAGCACCUGCUGCUCGAGUGUGGAUCUCAUUUUCUGUAUUAUCCACUCGACAAAACACUUGGGAAAUGUGUCAGACCCUUGCACUUACAUCUUGCAGCGUGCGGCCUAGAAUCUAUUGCUAGUAUAGCAAUUUUUCGGAUAACCCUCCCGAAAAAAAAGUCGCGAAAGGUCUAAACGUGAGCUUGAAGUCUCUAAAAUGAACUCGUUCUUCCUAUUUGACGUCAGACCAUAUUGUGCAGAUAUAUCACUUUCACCUCUUCCUCUAUGAGAAAACAUUACAGUCCUCAUAUCCCAUUACUCCCCUUCUGAAGAUAAUUCAAAUGCUGCUGCCGAAACAAUCAUAUUGUUCCAUUUAAACGAAUCUGUUUCACUGUGUCAGUAUAUAUUGAUCAUACAAUAAAUCACAUCUAUCUUUAAUUACAGUCACUGAAAAUCGCUUUUCCAUAUCUUUAGCCACUUAUGAAAUACCUAAGAUAUAUAUUACAAAGGUUAGACACUAUAAACAUUUCGUUAUAACAAGAGAUAGACAAGAUUGCCCUGCUUUUCCAGGUUUAACAUGAGCAUUUUCCCUCGUUUUGUGCUUAGUAUUUCAACUAUGUGAAUCUGUUAUUUCUUAUGACGCACCUUGUUUAAAACAAUCACUCAAUUGUACUCAGGACGACCUACGACACCGAUUAAAACAAUAUGUUUGCAGUAGAAACGUUAUGCGAAGAAUUUUCGGCGAAGGAUGCUUCUCUCUCUACAUAUCACAUUGCCCAAAUGUCAGGGUGAAUCAAGCACAUUUUUAAGGAUUCUACAGUCACACGACAUAUUUGAGUCGCCUGGUGCAGAUGCGUCACAAAUUACUUGUGAUUUUCUAUUUACCUGACAUAUGCAUCUGACGCCAUUUGUUACUAAAUUGUGGGUAAACCAGUUCCAGUGACAUUCGUUUCUCUAUGUAUAUUCUAUACACCAAAUCUUUUUUGUUUUCGCUUUUGCUAAAUCAGUACAAAUUUCGAUUAGUAUAUUUUAAAGAAGUGUCCACAGUUCACAUGCACGCAGUUCUGACGGUAGUUUUAGGUUUCCUUGCAGGCUAUCCCAUCUGCAACUUGAAGUAUUUCUUUGCAUAACGUGACUGCUCAAAUAACGCAGAUUCCCUUGCACGUAAAUAGUGUCAGCUAAGUUUUUAUAUGAUACAGCUUCAAAAGAACAAGUCGAUGUUGUUGUAGUAUUUUGGAAAUAGUUCUAUUUACGCUUGUUGUUUCCUCCUUUGUAAUAUGUAUAAUAUUUUAUAUGAUACAGCUUCAAAAGAACAAGUCGAUGUUGUUGUAGUAUUUUGGAAAUAGUUCUAUUUACGCUUGUUGUUUCCUCCUUUGUAAUAUGUAUAAUAUUUUCUGACUAUUUUUAUAUUCGUGAAGAACGGAUUUCUGAUCUGGCUAUCAUAAUAAAAUACGAAAGAAGACUGUACAAACACAUGGGGAACCAAGUCAGUGGAGAGAUGCAGACAAGCGAAAUGUAAGGUUUUGCGAUGUUUAUUCUCAAAAACGACGAAAAGUUGUUGAUUUGCGGCUCGUUUUCGGAUUUAUUGUUGAUGUUGCGGUUCUGUAAGUGGAACUGUGUGACAUAGACGCUGUCCAUGUACUAUUAUUGUCUCUCUCUCUCUUUACACACGAAUGGUACCAGUAACAACAUGUGUUGGUUCAUUGUGUAUAUGCGAUGGAAACGAGAACAGCAUAUGGCGAGGGGGAGGUGUCAGCAAAUGAGAGUGAUGGAGGUGUUGGAAGGACGAGAGAUAUGGGUUAGAUUCUGCAGAGCAACGGUAAAAAUUUCAGCUCGAUGAAAGCUAACUCGCUUGACUGACGUGGUAGAUGUUUCAGUAAUGUCAGCUGUUUCACGUCCACUCGAUAAUACGGCUGCAUUGUUUCACUCAUUUAAAUUUCAAGAGGUGGUGAGUUAUUGUAUCGACAGAAAUAAUUUACAUAAUGUUAAUACUGCAUGAACAAUUCGCAAGUGUGUAUUAAACAUUUAAGCAUUUAGACAUUUAUUGCUACAAAAAAGUAAAAUAAUUUUACGCCCCUCAAAUGCUUCUUUCCUUACCUGUACUUUAUUUAGAGACACGUAAACUGUUCAUCUGAAAUUGGUAUCUAUGAAAAACAUACAGACAAUCAUUAACUCUUAAUAAUCUGACAGAAGUUAUGCCACUGGUGCGUCAGUCACAUAACUGGCUGUUAGUUUGUUUUCUGGCUGCUGUAACUCCGACGCUAGCACGAAACGAAGACGAAGCAGUGAAACAUUUACAACAGUAUCUAAAAAAAAAACUGUUCGGACUAAAUUAACCUAAUUUAUUUCUUCAUUAUAAUACGUGUUCCAAACUUAUUUUCUAUACCAGAAUUUUAUCCAUGUUUGUAAUUUAUGUUUGUGUCAGAAUACUAUUGAGAUUAAUUCAUUUUUGGGGCAAACUGCAAGGGCAGGCAGCAACACCAAGUUGCACAAGUUACUUGAAGUAGCAGUUGUUUGAUAAAGUGAUACACAAAAUGUUGUGAUAUGAAGUGGAAAUAAUGUUUUGUUGUGGCAUGCUGUUGGAGCAAAUUCGAUAUUGAAUUACAUAAUGUGAAUAUGACGUUAUUUUGUAAAUGUUGCUAAGAGCUAGAAUAUUUUAUGUACUAAUGGAUAUGUGAUAUGUUCGAUAAUAUACCCAUUCAUGUUACUUGGAGUUGGAAGCGAAACAACCUUAUCUACAACGAGCUCUUCCACAAAAGUAGGUCUUCUUCAUUUAUAAAUAUUUCCUAUGAACUAAUUCAGUGUCAGUUAUAGUACUCAAAUUAGUUGAAAGUAUGAACUGUUUCUGCAUAAGGUUUUUUUGACAAAUCAGAGAAAUUAUGUUGUGUAUGACUUAUAAUUAUUCACAUUCAAUAUGAUGUAAAACUGUCAUUCUCUAUAUUAUCAAUAUCUAUAUUUUUUGUUAAAUGAUUUGGUUUAAGAGAAUAUCACCACCAGAACGAAUUUUCUAAAGGUGUUAAUAAGACAAUAAUGUACAUUUGUUGUUUAUGUGAUUAUGUAAUAUAGCUGACAUUUAUAUAAUAAAUUUUGAGAAGCCUUUAUAAUUGUCUGACAGCAUGGAAUCAAAAAUCCAAUUACCAAACAUUUUGAGCCCAGUUACUAUAAAUUUCAAAAGAUCUCUAUGUGUACUCAUCCCUUUAGAUUCAAAUGUGUGUUUAACAGAGUAACUUACUGUGACUCAAUACAGGGAUCAAUAUGUUCAAUACAUUAAAAUUACUCUUCAGUAGCAUAAUAUGUAUUCCAUUUUCUUUCAUUUCAUUGUUUACUGCACAACACUACAUUCGAUUUCUCCUCAUGUUUGGUCUUACGAGCAAUGGCAUUUACUAACAAACAAUUGCAUUUCUUUAUUCAAAAUAUUCAUUUAGGUCUAGGCAUUUCCCACCAAUACAUUUGUGUUCGCUUUAUACACAGUUUUGAAAUCUGUGUGAAAUUAUAUUUCUAUACAAAAAAAUAAACAGAUCUAUAGCCAGAGUAAUACAUAUUCUAAACAAAUUGUAUUCAUGGUUGUAUGCAUAAAUACCAAUCUAGCUAGAAGAGAAGAGACAAAUCCACCAUCAUUCCCAGUAAACUGUCUAUGUAAACCCCUUAAAAUGUUGUCUUGGAUGUAAAAAAAAUAAUAUGCUAGACAUUUGGUCAAAAUAAGGCGUCACUUAAACAAUCAUUAAAAAAAUUCCUUGCAUUCUAUACGAAAAAAUUAAACUAAAUUCUUACUUAACUUUUCUUUUUAAAGUUUACUAACAAAUUUCUUAAGCAUUUUUUCACAUUAUCCCUGUAACUGCCUCUUUAAAUUAAUAAAAUCCUUAGUAUCUUAGUAAAAGUCAUUACAAUUAAUUUCUUCUAUUAUGUCAGAAAAAACUGAAACAUAUCAAUAUUUUAUUAAGUUUAUUUUUAUAUUUUCACCUUGAAUAAUAUUUUAUAUAAUUAACAUGAACUAUUAACACUAUUCUAUUACAACUAGUAACUCUAUGUUAAAACGACAAUAUUGUACAUCAUGUAACGGGUAACAUUUUUAAAGUGUCAAUAAAGACUUUUGAUGAAGUUAUCACCAGAGAUGACUAUAUGUUA